AUGGCGGCUACAGGAUGUCUGGUUGGUCGUCUGGCAUUAGUUACAGGUAAACCUUUGUUUUGUGAUUUACAUCUAAAACUUUAAUCUGUAACGGUUUCCCAUUACAUAGAUGCCAAUAAGCUAUCCCUAAGGAAUUUUUAAAGGGGAAAAAGAUAUUUUAUACUAGAAGUACGUGAAUCGCAGGACCUCUAGAAAGACUUCGGGGGAACGGCAAGAAGUUGAAAGGGAAAUGAGGCAAUCGGGAAGAAAAUUUAUAAAUUAAAAAAAAACUUAAGCUAUUUAAAGAAACAAAACAAAACUACAGUAUGUUGCCCAGUAUCCGGACGGUACCAGUAUCCGGACACUUGAAACAUAAACUCAAUUUUUGAGGCAACCUUUUCAGUUCUCGGUAAACGAAGUAUUUCGAAUGAAAGCUGAACAUUUCAGCUUUAAGAUGCAAGUUUUGGCGAUUUGAAAGCUUGCGAAACAGUCGUAGAAGACGCCGUUCUGUUCAGGUGAAUAAACUUUUCAUGGCUAAUAUUUACGCUGUUUACUGCGCAGUAAAGUUAGUGCUGCUCAGAAAAGGGAGGGUAGUGUGUGAUAUUUUCAAAGAAACUGUUUUAUUUUUAAAGUGAAGAUACUUAAGGAAGUCAGGUUUUCAGAAAGUUUAUUAAUUCUUCUUGAAAUUCGAUUUGUUUGGAAUAACGGAAGCCAGAAACAUUCACUAAGUUUUGAUGUCAUGUGCCCAGUAUCCGGACAGUUUUUUCUUUGCUGUACAGAAUCGAUGAAUUAGCUGUGUACAUUCUCCGGAUAAGAUUUAUUUCAUAUCAGUGACUAUAAUUAAAGCUUAGGAUAUAUGAUAUAGUCGUAAAAUGUAACUCUACUCAACUCCGUAUGGGAAUUUUCUUCACUCAUUCAGAGGCGACUUGAUUUCGUGUGCACCGCUUGUUUCGCGUGACUGCAUUUUCUAUAUGUAACUGAAAGCGUCCGAGUUUAACCUGGAAUUCUCAUACUUUCCCCAGUUGGGACUGCUAGAAUGGGGUUGCAAUGGGCUAAAAAAUGUCACAAAGGGAUUGAGAGAUGUGAAAGAUGGAGGAAUUAGUGCUAGAAAAGCAGGCUUAUUGUGGGGACUGAGCAUGAAGAAAUCAACACUGCAGGUCAGACUAAAUAGGAGAGUGACCUUUGACCGUCGGGUUGAGGUCCCUUCCCCAAGCUUUUCUUUAAAUAAAAAAUGAAGAAAGAAAGUCGUUUGCAGAUUGGCUAAUUUAGCUUGCAAACUGCGGCUUCGGCAUGUCCACGGAUGCCUUCCUUAAAUCAGUGAAAAAGUUCCUAGACAAAGAAGUGAGAAAUUAUACCAUUUUUAAAACAGCCGCUCGCGUUCCCCACCAUACCCCAGUCAUUUGUUAUGUUUUAUUUCACGAUGCUAGGUUAUAUUUUCGGAAUCGAUUGUCAGACUACUUUGCAAGUGCAAGAGAAGCGUAUAAGUCGCUUGCCUGUCGAAAUUUAUGUACAAUUACGUUGUUAUUGUUGUGUCCGGAUACUGGGCCAGCUGUCCGGAUACUGGGCAACAUAGGGGCUCUGCAAAAAUAUUAAUUUCGCGAUGGAAACAAAGCCAAAAAAGUUAAACUGUCUUUCGUCAUAUUAAGGACUAGAUAGAUUUUCUCUGGGCCAAAUUUCAGAGCUCUUGUGAUUAACAAAGGAAAGUUAUUGCAAUUUUAAACUGAAGUGUCUGGAUACUGGGCAACAUACUGUACAAUAACUAAGAAGAAAACUGAACGAAAAUGAAAAGAGAAAAAAAAAAGAAGACAAGACAAGAGAAGAGAAAAGAAAAACAGGUGCUACCCGUAAUCGAAUUUCAGGACCUUCAGCGCCGGGCCGUAUCGUUACCACUCUGCCACGUGGAACACAUUGUGAAGGUAUCGAAAAUUUUUACUAAAACCCUUUUGCCUAGAACUUCCACCAGCGCGCCCUGUAUAAUGUUGAUUGAGCCCUAUUAAACACAAAUUCGAAGAAGAAGAAUGACUGCUGUUUUGACAGUGAAAACUCAAUGUAAACCAUUUCGUAAACGUAAACCAUUUUAAAGGGGAAAAAGAUAUUUUAUACUAGAAGUACGCGAAUCGCAGGAGCUCUAGAAAGACUUCGGGGGAACGGCAAGAAGUUGAAAGGGAAAUGAGGCAAUCGGGAAGAAAAUUUAUAAAUUAAAAAAAAACUUAAGCUAUUUAAAGAAACAAAACAAAACUACAAUAACUAAGAAGAAAACUGAACGAAAAUGAAAAGAGAAAAAAAAAAGAAGACAAGACAAGAGAAGAGAAAAAGAAAAACAGGUGCUACCCGUAAUCGAAUUUCAGGACCUUCAGCGCCGGGCCGUAUCGUUACCACUCUGCCACGUGGAACACAUUGUGAAGGUAUCGAAAAUUUUUACUAAAACCCUUUUGCCUAGAACUUCCACCAGCGCGCCCUGUAUAAUGUUGAUUGAGCCCUAUUAAACACAAAUUCGAAGAAGAAGAAUGACUGCUGUUUUGACAGUGAAAACUCAACGUAAACCAUUUCGUGGCAUUUAAAGAUAUAUGAUCGAUUGGGCGGCCGACUUUGCAGGUCACUAACACCACGUGCAGUACAUGCACUUCACGCGUAAUGAGAUUAUAAACCUUGUGAGACAAGACACCUUCGGCACCUUGCUUUGCAUGCCCUCGUGAAACUGAGUGCUUUGCGAUGGUAACUGGUCAUUUCACCCCCAAGUCAUUUCACCCUGGUUACUUCACCCCCUAUUGUCGAGUCAUUUAGCAUGCUUCAAAUAUAACAUUCCUCGUUUUAUAAGCCAUAAACCAAAACAAGCUUGCUUCAAAUGUAAUAUUUUUCAUUCUAUAAGCCAGAAACCAUAACAAGCAUGCUUCAUAUAUAAUAUCCCUCAUUCUUAAGUAGGGGCUAAUUACCUGGGGCGAAAUGACUGUAAAGCUUUGUGAUCGAACACAAAAACCCGCAGUACUCUUUAAGCUUAUUGAUCUGCUUAUACAGAAAACAGCAACAGAUGGACACAAAAGUGGAGAUGUUUUGCUGUUUUUGGUUUUGUUUGCAUUUUUAUACUCAGUCUGCACUCUGCAAUCGAGUCUGCUUGGAUUUUAGAAUUACCACACUGAGACAAGUUGAGUCAAGCCAUGAUUGGCCUGUUUAAAAUGCCACUGUCGAUUUGCCAAUCAGGCUGAAGAGUAAUUUGCAAUGUAUUUCCAAUUAUUUGUUCAGUUCGUUGGGUGCCCAGAUAAAGAAUAUAGGCCCAGCACAGGUAACUCAGGCUCACUAUUUGUGUCACGUAUGGGUGAAACUUCAUGUGCAUAUUAAGGACAACAACAACUCGCCACAUGGUAAGUUUCAUCGAUUUUAUUUCCAUUCACCAGCAAAUUUCCAGACCUAAACUUCACCCCAUAUGUUCUUUAUAUUUACUCAUGUUAUAUGAAACCCAUAUGUGACAUAAAUGGUGAGCCUGGGUUACCUGUGGGCCCAGCAGAUACUGUGAUGCAGGCUACCUUUCUUCUGAAUCAGUGUUCUCCCUAGGCUAGGCAGAGCAACAGGUAUUUCAAAGACAGAAACAUUGUCUGGUGCAUUUAUUUGUGUGUUUUCUCACAAGUUAUUGCUAAAGGUGAUUUACCAUUGAAUUAAUAUGUUCAAACCUGUGAUGCAUUAGUUUUGUUGAUCGGCAGCUAUCUUUAAAUUGUUUCAGAAACACAAGGGCCCUUUAAGGAGCCUAUAUUGAGUACUAAAGGAAAUUCCUGCUAUCGCAGUCAACCCAAGAUGCAAGGAACUAAAACAGUGUUAUUGAUAAUAAAAGUGACUAAAAAUUCCUAUGUAAUUCGUGCUUUAAGUAUUUUUCUUGCUAGAACACUGCUGAUUGGUUUGAUUACAAAAAAAUAUGUUUGAUAUUUAAGGUUCUGCUAGUGGAAUUGGGCAAGCUAUCUGUCAGGCUUUAGCCUCGGAGGGUGCUGGUGUUAUUGUAACAGAUCAAAACAGUCAAGGGACACAGGAAACAUUAGACAGCUUACCAAAACAUGCCAGUUUGGAACACAAAAACUAUUCCUUAGAUGUGUCAAGUGAGGAGGAAAUCUCUAAGGUGUUAGAGAACAUCAUAAGUGUGUACGAGAAACCACCCUGUAUUUUGGUCAACUGUGCUGGCAUCAUCAGUGAUAAUGUCUUGCUAGACAUGGAUGAAGAGAAGUCUGGUAACAUUUUACUCAAUCUCAAGGUACUAUGCUCUUAGGACUUAUUAAAUGAGUAGGAGGGUCAGAGGGGAAAAUGCUUGGCUCGAGGUCAGGACGUACACUACAGAUCAAGGAGACCCAAAUAUUAAUCCCAUCUGGCCCAACCUAACUCAGUCAAUAAGUAUUUCAUCAUAUGACCAACUGUUGUGUUUUUUUCGAACUGACUUCCUGAUAUAUUUACUAGAUGUGACUGUGUAAUCAGAUAUCCUCUGGAUAAAUUAUUUUUAAAAUUAAUAAUCAAUGUUGUUUAUAUUCCUGUGGCAUAUUAUUUUUCCAGGGGACCACUACAAUAACUGAAGCAGUUGUAAAAGUCAUGGUUGAUCAUGGUGUUAAAAAUGGUUCUGUUGUGAAUUUACAUGCUAAUUUUUUGGGAAAGGUGAGAGAAAUUUACAUGAUGUAA